AGUCGGGGGAGCGCCCACAGCGCCAAAAUUCAAACCCGUUUAUGAAUCGACUUUUUGUAUGUAAAUACUACUAAGUAGGCCGCUUUUGUGGACAUUUUAAAUACUAAUUUCGAGCCGAGACGUGAUAUUUUAAAGUCCAACCAAGUGGAAUUGAAUGAAGCGCAGCAGUAAUGUGAAGAUUUCCACUAAACAUCAAGGGCCCUUUGGAUGAUUUCAACCAUGAGACGGAGCCCAAGGAGACCCCUGAUCCUCAAAAGGCGCAAGUUACCUUUUCAGCAAAAGGAAGCGACGCCAGCAGACGCCCCAUCCAAAUCUACCGGCAGCCAGCGCCUCCCAGACGGGGUCUGCCUCAUCGGCCACCCAUCCCUGUCAGACACUCAGGUCGUGGUCAUUCCCAAAGCAACAAACGUUCAGAGCGUCAUCAGCGCCCUCGCCUCUAAAGGCAAAGACGGUGGAGUUCAGGGUCCGAGCAAGUUUAUUCUUCUGAGCGAGAACGGCACCCAGGAUCAAGCUGGGUCUUUUUGUAAUUCUGCUGGAGGAGAAGCGGUUUCUACACAGAUCGUAUCCAAAGAACCAGCCACAAACAUACAGACAUCCCAUGGCGAGACUGAAAUAAAACCCUUGAGUAAAGAUGGAAAUGGCGGCCCUUUGGACGACAGCCUCACCAACAUCCAGUGGCUGGGCAAAAUGAACACGUGUGCUUUAGUGUCGGAGCCUGCAAAGCAAACGCAGGACAAGGAGAACCAGGUUCCCGCGCCACAGGCUGCUCAGGCAGCCGGCGUACCUCCUGAAACCAAACCUUCGGACAGGCCGCCGUACUCCUACAUGGCCAUGAUUCAGUUCGCCAUCAACAGCGGGAAAAACCGCAGGAUGACCCUGAAGGAGAUCUAUACCUGGAUCGAAGACCAUUUCCCGUAUUACAGACAGGUGGCCAAACCUGGAUGGAAGAAUUCUAUCCGCCACAACCUUUCUCUGCACGACAUGUUUGUUCGCGAGACGGCGCCCGACGGGAAAGUCUCCUUCUGGACCAUCCGGCCCGAGGCCAACCGAUGCCUCACUCUAGAUCAGGUGUACAAGCCUGGAUGUGAUCCAGUGACCGCUCCAGUUCCUGUUCCAAUGCUUUUAUUUCCCAACCAAUCGCAGAAGAAGAUCAUCCCCGACGGGAGAAAGAUCGCGCCGGCCUCUGAGAGACGGAUGAAGCCCCUCCUCCCCCGAACCGACUCCUACCUGGUCCCCAUCCAGCUCCCCGUGGCCCCCCCGGUGUACCUGCCCUCCUUCACCUGCACCCAGCAGAGAGCCGGCACCUCGCAGGCGCCCAAGAGAGUCCGCAUCUCCCCAAAGGUGACUCAGACCGACGCUGCUCCUCCGGCCGUGUGUUCUCCGGUGGCGAGCGUGAAGGUGGAGAUGAAGGAGGAGCCGGUCUGCGUUCCUCUGCAGUGCGAGACUCCCAAAUGUCUUCAGAAGCGGCGCUGCAGCAGCAGCUCGCGGCGUAAGCAGUGCCUGGUGAACUCCACCCACGAGGAGCCCGUCCUCCUCUGCCCCGACAACUCCUUCCUCGACUCCGGCGUCGUAUCCGACGCCUCCACGUUCCAAGAAGUCCGAGACGUGGAGCCGGAGGAGCCGCGGCGGAGGCAGGACAGCCCCGACCGCGACUUCUCCUUCAAGACCCCCAUAAAAAGCGGCGUCCACCUGACCUCCUCCACGCCGAGCAAGCCCUCGCCCUCGGUGGUGCUGGAGCCGUGGAGGGUGACCCCCGUGGGGAAGGGGAACCUCCUGGACGUCAGCCCCAUCCGCACGCCGGGCGGCCCCGCCCUCACCCCCGUCCAGGACUACACCACCUUCAGCCUCAGCAGCACGCCCUUCAAAGACGUUCCUCUGUUCAGCUCGCCGCGAGAGCUGCUCACAUGCGAAGCCGCCGCGACUCCCGUUGGACGCCUCCGCAGCAGCUGCUCCAGAGAGCUGCUGCAGGGUGGCGGCGGCGGGGGCGGGACCGCCACGCCGGCCAACCGCUCCCUAACAGAAGGCCUCAUGCUGGAUCUCAUGAACGACAGCCUGAGCAAGAUCCUGGUGGACAUCAGCUUCUCCGGCAUGGAGGACGAAGACCUCGGCACGGCCAACAUCAGCCUGUCCGACUUCAUCAACCAGCUGAAGUAGUUUGAAAGGGGCGGGGCUUCUGAAACACUAACGUGGAGAGACUGAAACAGCGAGGAACUCAUUAACAUUUUCACGGAUCCAUAUUUAUUUCUUCCUGAUCAUUUAAAAUCAGUUAUCAGGUAAAAUAUAGCAGGCGGUUCCGGCUCAUCGUCUUCUGCUGCGUGACCGGGACGCCGCCGCGUUCCCGUAGCUCCGGCGCCGUCUCUCCCGCCUCCCCGUCAUGAUCCGUGGAGUCGUGGGUCUCUAGAAGGAACUGAGCAUAGAAAAUGUUUGUUUAUAUAAAUGAUUAUUUGCACAUUUUAAUAUUUAAUGUAGUGUUAAAAAAAUAAUAAUUUGUUUGUUUGGGUUUGAGGGAUCCAGUUUAGACUAACGAUAAAAAGUGACAAACAGCAAUAAACUGUAAUUCGACUUCCAUCUGUUGUUCCAGUUUUACAAAAAAAAAAAUCUUCUGCUUCCAAAUAUCUGCACUUUGUCGGAACGUCGGGCGGUCUGCAUUUUUAUAACUAAUUUUGUCAGAAACUUUUUGGGUCAAGUGUCGGAGUCGUGCUGGUGAUUUCAAAGAUUUCACUUUUUCUCCUGGUUUUUAUUGGAACUGCAAUACUUGUCUUUGUUCCUUAUAAAAGAAAAACCUUGAAGUUC